AAAGUCCCCCUCUAUAAAACCCAAGCUUGGCCUCUCAAAUUUGAAACACACAACCACAUACAAAACACAACUAGUGAAAACAACACACAGAAUGGCUACUUCAGUUCAAAACCGCCUGCACCAUCUCGAGCCCGGUUUUAAUGCUCUCAACCGGAACUACAACAAGUCCGGGUUCCGCUCUGACUCACCGGCUCGUAGCUGCAGCCUCCCUGGAAAUCAAAUACUUUUCACUAGCCCAAAAAAGUCCAUUUUGCUAGAGGAUGAUUACUCGAGUGACGAAGAUGACUUCAACUCCGAUUAUCAGGAAAUGAUUGAAAAGGCCAAUGUAGAGCUCGAACCGUCCGUUUAUGAUCCACGAGACGAAAACACAUCAGAUAAUUGGAUUGAAAGAAAUCCUUCUAUGGUUCGACUUACUGGAAAACAUCCAUUCAACAGCGAGGCACCCCUGCCUCGCUUAAUGCAACACGGGUUCUUAACCCCCGUGCCCCUGCAUUACGUCCGCAACCACGGUGCAGUCCCACACGCGAGCUGGGACACCUGGACCGUGGAGAUUUGCGGACUGGUGAAACAUCCGCUUUGUUUCACCAUGGACCAAUUAGUCACGGAGUUCCCCAGCAGGGAACUCCCUGUGACUCUGGUCUGUGCUGGAAAUCGAAGAAAAGAACAAAACAUGACUAAAAAGUCAUUAGGCUUUAACUGGGGCGCAUCUGCCAUAUCGAAUUCUGUAUGGCGGGGUGUGCCACUACACCACAUUUUAACUAAGUGUGGAAUUUUUAGUCGUAAAUCUGGCGCCCUCAACGUCUGUUUUGAGGGUGCGGAGGAUCUGCCUGGAGGAGGCGGAUCCAAAUACGGUACUAGUAUCAAGAAAGAGUUUGCGAUGGAUCCAUCGAGAGAUAUUAUGCUGGCUUACAUGCAAAAUGGUGAGCGUUUGGCUCCGGACCACGGAUUUCCAGUGAGGAUAAUUAUUCCUGGAUUUAUCGGAGGAAGGAUGGUGAAAUGGCUGAAGCGGAUCAUCGUAACAACUCAAGAAUCGGACAAUUAUUAUCACUUGAAGGAUAAUAAGGUUCUUCCUUCUCAUGUCGAUGCUGAGCUAGCCAAUGCCGAAGCCUGGUGGUACAAACCAGAGUACACCAUCACCGAGCUAAAUACAAAUUCAGCGAUUACAACACCUAGUCACGAAGAAAUAUUGGCUAUAAACUCUUGGACAACUCAGACUCCCUACACUCUGAAGGGUUAUGCAUAUUCAGGUGGGGGAAAGAAAGUGAUACGUGUAGAGGUGACGAUGGACGGCGGAGAGAGCUGGUACCAGUGCAAAGUGGACCACCAAGAGAAGCCGAACAAGUAUGGUAAAUAUUGGUGCUGGUGCUUUUGGUCCCUGGACGUCGACAUGAUGGCUCUGCUUGCUUCCAAGGAAAUUGCUGUCCGCGCUUGGGAUGAGUCUCAUAACACGCAGCCCGAGAAGCUCAACUGGAACCUCAUGGGAAUGAUGAACAACUGCUGGUUUCGAGUUAAGACGAGUUUGAGAAAACCAGAAAAUGGCGAGAUUGGGAUUAUGUUUGAACAUCCAGUGCUGCCUGGAAACCAGUCUGGAGGGUGGAUGGCAGCUGAAAAACAGCUUGAAAAAUCUUCUGAAGCAAAUAAGAUGCUAAAGAAGACCCUUUCAUCACCCUUCAUAGCCAAUAGUACCUCUGCGGACAAGGUUUUCACAAUGUCUGAGUUGAAAAAACAUAAUUCGGUUGAUUCUCCGUGGAUCGCUGUCCAUGGUCACGUAUACGACUGCACCAAGUUCCUCAAAGAUCAUCCCGGGGGCACUGACAGCAUACUCAUCAAUGCGGGAACAGACUGCACAGAGGAAUUUGAAGCCAUUCACUCUGACAAGGCGAAACAGCUACUUGAACCCUUUCGAAUUGGAGAGUUGAUGGCUACCGAAAUUCCACAACCUAGUUCUUGUCAUGGUGAAAUAAACACAAAAGUAUCAGAACGAUCCACAAUCAAGCAAAACAUUGCUCUUGUUGGCCGUGAAAAAGUCGCGUGCAAGCUCGUGCAGAAAACCUCAAUUUCACAUGACGUGAGAUUAUUCCGGUUUGCAUUGCCUUCAUCCGAUCAAACCCUCGGAUUACCUGUUGGAAAGCACUUAUUUCUGUGUGCCACAAUUGACGGAAAGCUUUGCAUGAGAGCCUACACGCCAUCAAGCUCAGUCGAUGAAGUAGGCUAUUUUGAUCUAGUUGUGAAGAUAUACUUCAAAGAUACAAAUCCCAAUUUCCCCAAUGGCGGAACAAUGUCUCAGUAUCUGGACUCGAUUCCAUUAGGCACCGCGUUACAUAUAAAGGGGCCAGUCGGUCACAUUGAGUAUCUUGGCAAGGGAAAUUUCAUGGUAAGUGGAAAGCAAAAAUUUGCAAAAAAACUGGCCAUGAUAGCUGGUGGAAGUGGAAUCACACCAAUUUAUCAAGUAAUGCAAGCAAUACUAAAGGAUCCCGAAGAUGAGACGAAAAUGUCCGUCGUGUUUGCAAAUCGGACCGAAGAUGAUAUAUUGUUAAGGGAAGAACUGGAUGCUUGGGCUGAGAAGUACAGAGACAGGGUAAAAGUUUGGUAUGUUAUUGGAAAAAGUUUGAGACAAGAUUGGAAAUAUAGCGUGGGGCGUAUCAGUGAAAGUGUGUUGAGGGAACGUAUACCGGCCGGAUGCGUCGAUGCGUUGGCGUUGGCCUGCGGUCCACCGGCGAUGAUAGAACAUGCGGUGACUCCAAACCUGGAGAAAAUGGGGUACGAUACUAAAGAGUCUUUGCUGGUCUUUUAGUUACUGCAGUUAGUGUUUUAUAGGCAAAUAAGUUAUGUGAAUGUAUAUUGAAAUUGUUCGGUUACAACCAGUUGUUGUGAAUCUGUAAAUUGAACUAUAGUCGUUAUGAGAAAUAAUACUUAGUUCUCAA